UCGGUGUACUUCUCGUGUGAUCACUAGAGUGCGUUACUACACAGCUUGGAUUACUAUUAGCCUGUACUGAAGUGUGAUUGAUCCGAUGCGAUCUGUCAGCAAACGGUGACGAAACGCGCGCGUUUGAUUGUGCUUAUCAGUAGCUUCGCGGUCUGAGAGCCUGUUGCUCCCCACAAUUUGUGCCGUGACCUCUCGCUGUGUAGCGGAUUAAAACCCACUCACAGUGCGAGUUCUACCGGAGCGUGUGUUUGUAUGCCCUUAUAAUCCAACCAGUUGUUCCGAUGCGCUGAUACGGGCGGAGACCGUCGCAUACGACUUUGGUAUUGGUAUGGUGGGCACAUGCCGGGUGAUUUCAGUACGAUGAUGAUUACGGCUUUUGCCGGGUGUGCGGUGCUGUAAUUAGUGUGCCAUAGCCGAAGCGCCACGACCGUACCGAGGAUCGUUCCUCACUCGCGCAAAGCAACGCAACGUGUCGCACGCAAAGUUCGCUGUACGUGUAAACCUGUCCGCUAUGCGUUAAGACGUUUUGUUGCCAGUAGAAUACUACACCUGAUUGCUGUACGUAAACCUUUUGGGCGGAGACGAGCGCGGUACACGUGAGGCCCGGUGAAAGGUCGAUCGUUUCCCACCAGCCUGUGACUUGUUUGUUUACACGUGAUAUUCUGUGCAUUGGACAACGAUCGCCGUUGAUCGUGCCGCAUCCACCGCAACAAAAUGAUCGGCAUUAAAUAUCUCAACGAUGCCCACCUUAAGGGGUUCGAAAAGUACAAGUACAACUGCGUCGAUACUAGUAUUCUUAGCGUUUAUGUUAUGCACCCGUUCUGGAACAAGGUCGUGUUAUAUUGUCCCCGAUGGAUUGCGCCCAACCUGCUUACCUUUACUGGCUUUCUGCUGACGGUGGUGAAUUUCUUCCUAAUAGCGUAUUAUGACUACGAUUUCCGAGCAGCCACCAAAACUCCCAUACCCGUGCCGGACUGGGUAUGGAUCCUAGCAGCAAUAAAUCUUUUUGUAGCCUACACUUUAGACGGUAUCGAUGGUAAGCAAGCACGAAGAACUGGAACAAGUGGACCACUGGGCGAGCUAUUCGAUCAUGGUCUCGAUUCCUACUCGGCAGUACUCAUACCGAUCUACAUGUUCACCAUAUUCGGUGCUGCCGAUCUACCACCGGUGCGGAUGUACUUCAUUACCCUGAACGUGUUCCUCAACUUCUAUCUACCGCAUGUGGAAAAAUACCUGACCGGUGUGAUGUUCCUGCCGUGGGGCUAUGACUUUGUCAUGUGGGGCGUCUCAAUCACGUUAGCGAUCACAGGAAUUCUUGGGGCUGAGUUUUGGCAAAUCCCCGUGUUUGGCGUGAAACCUUGCCACAUAUUCGAGAUGACACUUUACGUGUCUGCCGUCAUCACUAGUCAUCCUAUUAUUAUAUAUAAUGUCUACAAAUCUUAUCGCGACAAAACGGGUAAAAUGCGAUCAUUCAGCGAAGCCAUCCGACCAUUGGUACCGCUUAGCAGUUUAUUUAUGCUAUGUACCGUGUGGGUGCUGUGCUCCCGCAACGGAAUAAUCGAUAUGGAACCACGGCUGUACUUCGUGAUGUGCGGCACACUGUUUUCGAACAUUUGUUGCCGUCUCAUUGUAGCUCAAAUGUCUGAUACACGGGCAGAUCUUUGGAACGGACUGCUAAACUUGCUGUGUGUCGUUGCGUUCUUCUGUGUUCUGCCCUAUCAAUUCCUUGGUUUGCCCGAGUUAAGCGUUCAGGUCGAACGAUACCUGCUGUACGGGUUGACACUCUGCGUCACGAUCGCGCACAUACACUACGGUGCAGGAGUGGUACGCGAAAUGUGCCACCAUUUCCGGAUUCGUUGUUUCAAAGUAAGAUCGGAUGCUAGUAAGCUCACUGCGCAUACUAAUAACUUAGAUGUUAACCGUAACGGUAGCUAUCCUAACAAGCAUCAUCUUAACCACCGCCAGAACAAAUCCAAGUAGAACCCGUGGUCUGUAGUCUGUAGCGUACCAUGUGCCACGAUAAGACCAAUUUGCUAAAACGCUAACCAGAAAAUGCCUACCCGAAUUUCUACUACCUUGUUUUGCUUCGAGCAGAUCGACCCACUGGAAAAGCGAAAAGCGAAACUAGCUCUGGUAUAGACUACGGUGUUUGGGUCAGAAACGUGCGGAAUGUGUUGCGUCCACCAUCACGUGUGAAGUGUCCGAGUGUGCGCGGAAGAUGUGGUGUAAAUGUUACUAUCAUUCGCUAAGUAAUCUACAUACAGUAGUGAUACGAUCACCGGUAGGCUGUGUUUUAUCAUGCGUUACUUGGUAUGGAUAGUGCAUAAUUGUGCUGAUUAACACUAGAUACUCGUCGCAUGGCAUUGUGUUUUGAUUUCUUUAAAGUUCCCUGUAAAUUAGCCGUGUGUGUCGUCCUGGUUUGUAGUUCCUGUUAAUAUAGUAAAAUUGUACAUUCAAUAAGUUUUACAACAGAUCGAACUCACUAAUAACUUAUACCUUGGUUUCUUUCCAACACUCACAAUUAAAUGGUCCGCACUUCAACGACUACUGUCUACUGCUGAACAAAAUACUCUAACUUUCACGCGCGCUGAGGAUAGAUUGCGCCGCACGAUAAACCUUUACUAAGUUACUAAACUUACUGCAAUACUCGCUCUGUUUACGAAACCCCAACUCAAACACAUGUAUACCGGAUAUCAACUAAAACAUAUCGAACAGAAAUUCAGCAUGCCGUACAGUCAGAUGUUAAGCCCCUACGAUCCCCUUCCUCAGGAAAAAACGAGCUUAGACACAACAAACCCGCACUCACCGUCAGCCAGCAGCAUGCGUGGUUAUCCAUGUGAUCGCAACCGAUAGGAUUGU